AUGUCUAGAGUUCGAAAAUUUAACAGAGGUGUACUGUCCAAAAUACAUUCCGACUCUGAUACGGAUGAAGAUAUUCCGUUGCACCCCCUGGACAUUGAAGAGCAGGAGGAGUUAAUAAGUAAGCUUGAGUUCAGAAAUGUCUCUAGUAAUAACUAUAACAUCCAGCUUUUGAGCGUGGCAUACGUGGUAUGUUGCGGCGUAUUCUUGUCGUUGGUGAUGAAAGUUCAAAAGAUCAGGGGUGAUACUUCUAUGAACAAGCGGCUUCUAUUGUAUUCCGUCAAUUCCAUAAUUUGUUCGCUACUGAACCUUCGUUACGACUUAACCAAAGACUUUGCUCUUUCCAGAGCCGUAAAAGUGAGAAUUACUAGCAGAAAGAUUAAUAUCAUUAAUUGCAUACUACUCUUGCUACUUACGUGGGAAGUCACAGGCAAAGUUGACAAAAUUCUGCUGCAGUUACUUUUCCAUGUGCCAUUACUAUUGUUUAGUUUAUCUGUGGUAUCCAAAAAAUGGAUUUGUGAUCUAGACGAAGAGCUCAACGGCCUCAGAGGUCUUAAGUACAAGUUCAAGAGUGCCUAA